UUGAAUUAGGUCACAAGACCUCCUUAUCAAGAUUUGAAAGAUUUGGUCUCCCGUGUUUCAGGUGAGAAAAACAUUUGGCAACACAUUGGAAGAUGUUGGCUUUAGCUUUUCUCGUGGCUGUCUGCCUACAUUUAGGCACCCCCCUGACCGUGAAUGACUGCCCAGCCGGCCUACCACGUGACACGUACCUGCAGGUGCACGGCAACUCCUGCUGGCAGUUCGUCCUCUUCCGGCGCUACACCCACUCCAAGGCCCGACAGGACUGCGAGAAGAACGGCGGCACCCUGGCGCUGGUGAAGGACGCCGAGACCCAGAGCUACCUGUACCAUGAGCUGCUCAACACCUACAGGAGCCACUCGCUCGUCUGGAUAGGACUCAAUGACCUCGACAAUGAGAACGUCUACAAGUGGGAGGACGGGACCCCCCUGGACUACCACAACUGGGACAGCGGCGAGGGCCCCGGGGCGGGCUCCAUCACACACAUCUUCAACCACGAGUCAGACGACUGUGUGACCAUCGACGCGUCAUCUGGCGGCAAGUGGGCCGAGUACCCCUGCGACUCGUACAACUUCCUCUUCUUCGCCGACCCCGAGGAGCACUACUACAUCUGCCAGUUCCAGGUGUCCGCCUCUACCUCCACCACCGCAGCCACCACAGUGUCCAGCACAGAAGUGACCCCCGCGCCCCAGACUACCGUGUCCACCAUCACCAACCCCUGCUCGCCCUUCUCCUGUGACCUGGACUGCGGCAUGAACGGCUUUAAGAAGGACCCGACCACCGGCUGCUCUUUAUGUGAAUGUGACGCAUAAAUACAAGUUGUACGUCAUAAAACUUGAGGUGUAUAUUUUCCCAAAUAAAAGUAGAGUACAUUUAUAUAC